UCGCACUUGUAGGCGUCUGCAACUCCUAGUAGUUAAUUUUAGCACACCCAAACCCGCCACUAUCAUCACCCUUACUCUCCCCACAAACCCUAAUUCCCUCCACACCAAACAAACCCCAUUCCCUCCCGUUUUACUUCUUGCCCUCUGACCCCGGCUUCAACCUUGAUCAAAACUUCACUGUCUGCUUUUUACUGAAAACCCACUUGGAUUCCUGCUGCUCCAGCUCAGGAUUCAUGUGUUUAAUCAUCCCUUGCUCUGGCUUCGAUGAUAACUCUUGAUUCAAGUGGCAAGUGAAUUUAUCUCUCUGUCUUAUUUUCACAUUUUUAAUUGAUCAUUUAGUUUUCUUUCUUUCCAGUUGUUUUUGCAAGCUGUGACUGUCAUUUGGUGAGAGAGUAAGGUCUAAGGGGGCCAAUUUGGGAGUUAGGUAAUUGUAAGUGAUGGUGAUUGCUGAGAGUGAGAUUGGCGAGGACCAGAAGGAGGUUAAUGCUCCCAAAUCGCCGUGGAAGACUCCUGUUGUAGAUGGGAACGGAAGUGAUGUCUCUGUUAUGAUGGGCACUGAGUCUUGGCCUGCUCUCGCUGAUGCCCAACGUCCUAAGACUUAUGAGACUGCAGCAAAGCUAGAGGAUGCGUCAGCUGCUGAUCGAAUCUCUGCGGAGGCUGCUCCACGACCUCCACCUAUGCAGGGGUCAGUUCAGCAGAAGUCAAAUGGUGCUGGAAACCCUAAUCCGAUGCAUAAGAUCUCAUCAUCACGUCAUCAGAAAUCAGGUUCUAAGCGCAACUCUGGCGGUGGACCUCCUUUUCCUGUACCGAUGCCUUAUCAUCAACCACCAGUCCCCCCGGUUUUUCAUGCUAUGGUACCUCCACCUCACAUAGCCGUUCCUGGCUAUGCUUUCCCUCCCGGACCAGGACCUUUUCCUAGUGUUGAAAAUCCUUUAGUAAAGCCUGCAUCUCAGGCAACAAGACAAGCCUUUGUUCAAACUGCUCAUGCUGUUGAUGCCAAAAAUGUUCAACCCUCUGUGCAAGGUGAUCCAAAUGCUUAUGUCAGUAUUUCUAGUGGAAGACCCCCUAUGCAGGAACAAGUUGAUCAUGUGAAUAAUACUUGGCAUCAUCAAAGGGCAUUUCCCCCAAGAACCAACAUUUCUAUGCAACAGGGUAUGGGAACAAGGACCUUUAUAAGGCCUCCGUUUUAUGGUCCACCUCCAGGUUACAUGGUUGCUCCAAGCUUCCCAGGACCUCCACCUGUAUGGUAUGUCCCUGUGGCACCCCCAGGCUCUAUUAGAGGACCGCAUCCUCGUCAUUUUGUUCCAUAUCCUGUUAAUCCAGGAUCUCAGCCACUGCCUCCAGAAACUAUAUCUUUGAGGGCUAGCAUUGUUAAACAGAUAGAAUAUUAUUUCAGCGAUGAAAAUCUUCAGGAUGACCAUUAUCUUAUUUCCUUGAUGGAUGACCAAGGAUGGGUUCCGAUAUCCACUGUAGCUGGCUUUAAAAGGGUUAAGAAGAUGAGCGAGGACAUACCCUUCAUCCUUGAUGCGCUGCAGAGCUCUAAUACCAUAGAAGUGCAGGAUGAAAGGAUUAGGAGACGUGAUAGUUGGUCAAAAUGGAUUCGAGUUUCCGCAGGAAAUUCAGCAGCAUCAAUGGCUCAUAGUCAGCAGAGCCAGCAGAACCAACCUGCAGAUGAUACAACCAAAUCUCUUGAAAAUGGUGAUGCCAGCGGAGACAAGACAAGGGCAAUUUCUGAAGCAACUCUUAACUCUCCAGAGGAACAGAUGCAAUCAAAUGAAAAUGGUUCAAAGGUUUCAGAAAUAAACACGGAACGUGCUGAAUGUCAUCUUUCCAAUAAUAAACCAGAAGCAAUAACUGGUGAAAAUGUCAAAUUCACUGAUCAUGACAAGAGCAGCAAUAAGUUAUGUUUCUACUCACAAGAUUCUGAGCCAAAAAAAAUUGAUGAUGAGACUGGAAAUAUGGAGGCUCCGACUGAUGGGGAUGUCAAAGAUCUUUCUAAUGAUUUUGCAACUACAUUUAUGCUUGAUGAAGAGAUAGAGCUUGAAAACAAGAUGUUAAAGAAGGCUGAUCUUUCUUCUACCAGAAGGAUUGAUGAUGAAGAUGAUGAAAUGGUUGUCAAUGACCAAGACGUUCAAAGACUUGUAAUUGUUACCCAGAAUAGUGAUAUUAAACAAGGAUCUAAAGUUGGUGGCAAAGAACCAAACUCCAUUUCCAGUGAACUUGCUUCUGCAAUAAAUGAUGGUCUUUACUUCUAUGAGCAGGAACUUAAAAAUAAGCGGUCAAAUCGUAGAAAGAAUAAUUUUGAUAAUAGAGAUCGAAAGUUAAAAUCUACAAGCAAUACUUCAGGAGUGCCUAAUAUGAAGAUGGGAGAAAAUAUCAGUGCAAGCAAUGCCCUGGAAGAGGCUGGAAGCACGAGUCUCCGGAGGAAACAAAAAGGCACUCUCAAGCAGCAGUCUUCCCAUAAGCAGCGGUUUUUCUCUAGCAAUUUUAGAAAUCAUGGAACUGGUCGUAACUCUUUGGGAAUUAUAUCUGAAAGUCCACCAAGUAAUUCCGUUGGAUUUUUCUUCGCUUCUACGCCUCCUGAAAAUCAUGGCCCUAGACCUUCAAAAUUGAGUGUUUCACCCCGCCUUUCUGGAAGUAGCCCACCUGUGGGUUCCUUGCCUAAGUCUUUUCCACCAUUUCAGCACCCGAGUCACCAACUUUUAGAAGAAAAUGGUUUCAAACAUCAGAAGUAUCUCAAGUAUCAUAAGCGGUGCCUGAAUGAUAGAAAGAAACUUGGAAUUGGCUGCAGUGAGGAAAUGAAUACAUUAUACAGGUUCUGGUCAUACUUUCUCAGAGACAUGUUUGUUCCUUCUAUGUACGAUGAAUUUAAGAAACUAGCAAUGGAGGAUGCAUUGGCUAAUUAUUAUUACGGGAUAGAGUGCCUUUUCAGAUUCUACAGUUAUGGCUUGGAGAAGGAAUUUAGAGAGGAUCUAUACAAGGAUUUUGAACAGUUGACUCUGGACUUUUACCACAAGGGCAAUUUGUAUGGCCUGGAAAAAUACUGGGCAUUUCACCACUAUCGUGCGGUACGGGACCAGAAAGAACCGUUGAGCAAACACCCGGAGCUAGAUAAAUUGCUCAGAGAAGAAUACCGAAGUUUGGAAGACUUUCGAGCUAAAGAAAGAAAGACGGUGAAAGAGGGCAUCAACUAAAUUAUGAGUAAUACAAAAUCCUUUUGGCAGAGUUUUUGAUGGCGUCCCCAGUUUUGAAUUGAAAUCUAACAUGACAGUGAGUUGGAGGAGAAGCGGCCUGCUUUUUAAUUUGAACGCAAAGAGCAAGAUUAUUUUUGUUUGUUCAAUAUUGGUUUGGAUUGCUUAAACCUUGCCUGUGCGAGGGCUGCUGAUUGCCAAGCCUCCCAACGUUUCUGAAGCUUCCGAAUGCAUCCUCUGUUUCCGGGUCAUUCGACUUUGAGGAGGAUAUGUUGUACAUAAACUGAUAGACUAGUCUAGGAAAGAACCAAAAAAAAAAAACAAGAAGAAAAGAAAAGAGGGGAGAGUCCUUUAUUUUAAAUGGGAAUGGUGUCGAAAAAUGUGCAAGGUUUUGUACUUUAUAGCUUUGCCAAAUUUGCAAUAAGACUUGUUUUUAGUGUAA